AUCCCUGUUUUCCCACCACCACAUCAACAAAGCUAGCUUUUUUCCCAUUUUUCUUCCUCUGUCAGAAAAGGCCUCUUCUUUCUCUUGCUGUUUGAUCAGAUAUGAGUUAUUUCAAGCAUUCUUCUCUUCUGUUCUUUUUCCUGCUCUCCUUACUUCUCUUACAGGCCUGUCUCGCCUCCAGUCGCCUCACCGCGGCGGAGGAAAAGCAGCCGCUCACUAUCACUUACCACAAAGGCGCCCUCCUCUCCGGUCCCAUAUCCGUCAACCUCAUCUGGUACGGUAACUUCAGCGCCGCCCAGAGAGCCAUCCUCUCUGACUUCGUCGCCUCUCUCACUGACCGCAAUCAUAAGCAACAGCAGAAGACUCCUUCCGUCUCCUCCUGGUGGAAAAUGACAGAGAACUUCUACUCCCGCUCCAAUUCCCCGCUGCCUCGGCUCUCCUUCGGUGAUCAGAUCCUUGACAUGGAGUGCUCGAAGGGAAAAUCCCUGAAGAACGCGGACCUGGCGGCGCUGGCGGCGAGGGGGCAACGGCGGAGAGCAAUUAAUAUCGUGCUGACUGCUGCCGACGUGGCGGUCGAAGGCUUCUGCAUGAGCCGUUGCGGAACCCACGCUGCGUCUCCCCGUUCGAAGACCGGCCGGUUCGUAUACAUUUGGGUGGGCAACGCGGCGGCUCAAUGCCCAGGUCAGUGCGCGUGGCCCUUUCACCAGCCGCUGUAUGGCCCGCAGGCUCCGCCGUUGAUCGCGCCUAACGGAGACGUCGGCAUUGACGGCAUGGUGAUGAAUCUAGCCAGCAUGGUUGCCGGCGCCGUUACUAAUCCGUUCGGCGGCGGCUUCUUCAUGGGCCCGGCGAACUCGCCGCUUGAGGCGGCGACGGCGUGCCCGGGAAUAUAUGGAAAGGGAGCGUAUCCUGGAUACGCCGGCGAGCUGUUGGUGGACCCCGCCUCUGGUGCCAGCUACAAUGCGAAUGGAGCUCAUGGGAGGACGUACCUGCUCCCGGCCAUCUUUGACCCGUCAACGGCUUCAUGUUCCACUUUGGUAUAAUGAUGAGAAGAUUUUAUGGUUCAUUUGUAAUUUAUCUCAUUCUUUGGAUUAAUAUGUUAUUUAUUUGACACAGUAAAAAACGUUUUUCAAAUUUUAAUACUUGUUCUUAAUAAAAAAAAUUGUAUUCAUGUCAAGAAUAAAUGGUUAUUUAUUGAUA